GAUUAAACUUACUCUAGUGUGUAUAUACUUGUGUGUUGGUAGAGAGAGAGAGAGUGAGAGAGUUAAAAGUGCUCAUAGAGUAAGAGAAGUUUGGUUUGUGCAUUGUGUAUGUUUUUCUUAGGGGAAAGAGAGUAGUAAAUGGCAGUUUAAUUAAAGACUUAAGGGUCACCAUGAGAAAGAGCACAGUUGUUUUGUUGUGCCUAUUUUUGCUGGAAUGCUAUCUGGUUGCAGCAAGGGGAGAAGUGUUGCAAGUGAAGGCAGAUGCAGCAAUUCCAGUAACGGCACUAUCACCUCCGGAAGGGAACACUAGUUUCUUGGAUGGCACAACAUGGUGUGUGGCACUAGCAGGUGUCUCUCAAAUUGAUUUGCAGAAUGCAUUAGACUGGGCUUGUGGUCUGGGGAUAGCAGAUUGCAAUCCAAUUCAAAAGGGCGGACCAUGUUAUGAUCCGGACACACUUGUAUCUCAUGCUUCUUAUGCCUUUAACAACUACUACCAGCAGAAUGGCAAUUCAGAUAUCGCUUGCAAUUUCGGAGGAACCGCCACUCUAGUUAAAAAUGAUCCCAGUUAUGGAAAAUGCCUCUACUCUUCAUCUGGAUCUGUGGCCUCUUCUGGCCCGCGGAUUUCAAUAUACGAACGGAGCAUCAUUUGGUGGAAAUUUGCUGCAAUUUUGCUGCUUUUGUACUGGAGAAGCUUAUGAAUGUCUGUCUGUUAACUUGGGUUUGAAGCUAAAUUGGCCAACACAAGCUUGAGCUAGGGUUUAAGACUAGUGAUACUAUCUCUAGAUGCUGCCUGCCUGCUUUAAUCAGGCAUUUUGUGAAUGCCAAGUUAUACCUAUCUUUGUUGCCGAGUUAAGCAUCUGGCAUCUACUUAUGAAACUUAAAAUUCUUCCCGCUUGUUUUGUUUUAAUCCUCUGUAAUUUAAUAUAACAGCAUCUUUACCGCCCAAA